AUAAAGUCUUGACAAUCAUUGCACCCAAAAGGGACUAUACAUAUUAUAGAUGUAAGAUGAGAUGGUGACAUAAUAUAUUUAAAAAAAAAUUAAGGUACGAAAUAUAGAAAUGUUUGAUUGUUUUUGCAAUUUCUAUGGGCUAACUAAACUAACCUAUGGUCGGUGGUGUUUAAAGGGAGAUCAAGCGUCGAUAGUAGGCGGAGCCAUUAACUACUUAAAAGAGCUUGAGCAUCAUUUACAAUCAAUGGAGCCUCCGGUCAAGACCACCGUAGAAGACGCCGGAGCCGGCUGCGACCAGAUCAACACAACCGCAGCUAGCUCAUCGGGGCCAUUCUCGGAUUUCUUUGCAUUUCCUCAGUACUCGAACCGGCCUACGUCUGCCGCGGUGGCUGAGGGGAUGGCGGAGAUAGAGGUGACGAUGGUGGAGAGCCAUGCGAGUCUGAAGAUACUUGCGAAAAAGCGACCGAGACAGCUUCUUAAACUGGUCUCAUCGAUACAGAGCCUAAGGCUCACUCUUCUCCAUCUCAACGUCACCACUCGAGACGACUCCGUCCUCUAUUCCAUCAGCGUCAAGGUUGAAGAAGGGAGCCAAUUGAAUACAGUGGAAGAUAUUGCAGCAGCUGUGAAUCAAAUCCUGAGGAGGAUCGAAGAAGAAUCAUCCUUUAGCUAAUAUUGUUGAAUAUUAGUUAUGACACCACACACUUAGAGGAACUCUAAUUUUUCAUGUGUGACCUUUUAGUACUCUCUCUUUUUCUAUAUUAAACUAAAUAAAAUUAAAUAUUAAAAUUUUAAUA